GUGGGAACUAGCUUUUAACUGUUAAUAGAUAAAUGUACCUAUUUAUUGAUAGGUUUGCGUGCGUGUUCGCCAAUAAGUCAAUAGAAGGUUUUUCAAAUGAAGGUUUUAUUGUAAAUAAUAUCAGAGUUGUUUGUUAUGCAUGAGCGCGCAAUUAGAUUCCUGUUAGAAUAAACGAUUCCGUUGUGAGAUAGCUGCAGCUGUGUUGUAACAAUACAUAGGAUAUAACUACGAUGAUAAGAUCUGGAAUAGUAUUACCCGCCACUUUUAUCAAUUUAAUACUGCUUACUUCCGUUUAUUGCACGGUCCAACCGCCAGUUAUAAGCCCCGGUAUAAUAAGUCAGUCGAAAUCGCUCGGCGAGUGCCAAUCUUGUAAGUUAUUCAUAGAAUCGUUUCAAAAAGGCCUCGAAAGGACAGCAAGAGGGAAGUACGAAGGCGGUGAUGCCGCGUGGGAGGAGGAGAAGCUAAAAAAAUCGUAUAAACGAAGUGAAAUUCGGCUCGUAGAUAUUCAAGACGGUAUAUGUAAGGAGGAGUCGAAACAUUCGGUUCAGUGCCAUCACGUAGCUGAGAAGGCCGAAGAGUUCAUUGAAGAAUGGUGGGCACAGAACCCAGAUGAAUCUGAUGACCUAUACACAUAUAUUUGUAUUGAUAAAUUAAAAUUGUGUUGUCCGAAGCACCAUUUCGGUAAAGAUUGUUCACCAUGUCCCGGUGACCAUGAGAAGUUAUGCAGCGGGAAUGGCAAGUGUAGAGGAGAUGGAACUCGCAAGGGUAAUGGAACAUGCCUUUGUGAUAUUGGUUAUGCAGGGAACAACUGCGAAACCUGUUCUUCAGGUUAUUUCCUAGCAUACAAGGACGAGAAUAAAAUCCUAUGUUCCAAGUGCCAUAGAUCCUGCAUGGGUGGUUGUAGAGCAGGCACACCAAAAGACUGUGUGGCGUGCAAAAAUGGGUACAUUUUUGACUCUGAAGAAGGCUGUUUAGAUGUAAACGAGUGUGACGAUUUGAACAAAUGUAACGCGGACCAGUUCUGUCAGAAUACACUGGGUUCUUAUGAGUGUAUAGCUUGUGAUAAAUCCUGUAAGGGUUGCUAUGGCGAUGGACCAGAUAUGUGCAGUAAAUGUGCUACAGGGUAUUCAAAGAAAGGAGAAUUAUGUAUUGCUAACAGGGAAGAUGAAGACCAAUCAGAAAUACUCACCACGACAAGGUACAUUACUUACAUCGGGCUUUUGAUUGCGACCGGCAUUUUACUUCCGAAGUCGGCGUCCCUUGGGAGCUUUGUUGGCAUCAUGGUCAUAUCGUAUAUUGUUGGAGCUGAGUACUAUUGCAUGAUAAAUGGCCACACCGGCCUCGUCAAUAUGAAAGAUUUUGAUUUGAUGCAACUUUUCCGCACAUAAGAUUUUAUACGUAGGCUAGGAUCUUUGAACUUUUUACGGCGUUUGUUCCACUACUUUCAUGGGACUUAAAUUGUAUAAAAAAUUAAAAAAAAUCGCGAUUUUUUGGUCGAAUGUUGUACGUCAUGAAUGCGGGAUGAGUUUUAAUUGAUUUGUUUAUAUACUUGACAUUUUUAAUGGUUCUUUGAGGACGAAAAAUAUCGUUAGUAAGUAAUUUCGUAUUUUUUUUUUAUUUUGAAUAUAAAGACGUGAAACUAGUGAAACAAACAUGAAUCGAAUAUGAAUAUACAAGUAAUGGGUUAUUGUACCUACUCUUUUAAUAAAUAUACACUGUAAUAGAUGUAAAUUUAUUUGAAAAUUAAAUUAAUUUUGCUUUGACACUUUUUUAUUUGCACUUCCAUGUUUAAGGUAUUUUUCAUGUCUUUCCAAAUAUUUGAUAGCUUUUUUUAAAUAAAAUUUGUCCUACAUCCGAUUAAUAAUUUUUUUAUGAGUUUCCCAAACUUUCAAUUCACGGCAUAAAGUUGCAAAUUAUGAAUAAGUACUAACCAGUUAUCGAGAAAUAGUGAGAUCGUGAAAAAGUACGAUAUUUUUUUAAUGCGUUUCUUUUUUUGUGUUUCGGACGACUGCAAAGAUUGGGAAAUCGAGUUUUCAUACUUUAUUUUAUGUAUUCUUGUGACCGUUAUCGUAAAAAUGUCUAUUUUGUACGUCCUUUACUCAAAAAUUCCUGUAUUUUUGUAAUUUGUAAACUCCCUUGGCCUAUCUGUCAUUAAUUUAUUAUUAAUAAUAAUCAAACAUUAUUAAUAUAGAAGUAAGUAUACGUAAUAAUUCAUACAUAAUUAUUUUAAUGCUGUAUCAUAUUUGUUUUAUUAUUAAUUUUAUCUUAAAGGUUGUUAAUCACAGUCCAUGUUUUUUGUGAUAUUUUUCUUAUUUUGUGCUACAAAUAUAAUUUAUAAGGUAUAAAAUGGUUUUGAUUAUGUUAUAAUACGUAAAACGAAAAAUCACCAUAUGUUCUUUAGUCAUAUCGAUAUCAAAGUGAGAUUUUAUUCAUUUAGGUUCUGCAAAAUUUCGUUAAUUUUUUGUAUGAAUCUUUCUGAACACUUUAAUUUAUUAAAUUAAUUUAACUAAUAUGAUCUUAAAAUUAUAAAAAUUGGUUUUGGUUGUGUUGACCUAUUUUAAUGGUAUAAUUUAUUUGCUGGAUUCCGUUUAUGUGAAAGCUGAAAAUAUAUUAUUUAGGAGAUA